AUGGGGUUCGGAAGGCCGUCUGCCGCAAUGGCGGCACGACUGCAGGUGGACAUUCAGAACGUCGACGCGCGCCAGGAGACAACCGCCCUGACCAACGCCGACGCCGCGUUAGCGGUUCGAACGAAAGCUGCUCCUAGUUCCGCGGGAGGGACCGCUUUCUUCUCCGCCUACUCCUUCUCAAAACUACCCCCGAUGGUCGAAAUCGACCCUGCCAAAAGCAACAGUAGCAGCAGCGGCGGCAGCGGCAGCGGCGGCAGCGGCCGCAGAGGAGAGGAGGGGGAGGUAGAGGAGGGGCAGAUUGCGCCAGCGGUUUUAUCGGAAGGGUUAAGCAAGGGCAUGGAGGCCUUCGACGAAGAGCUUCAUAACUUUCUCAGUUACGAGGGCGAGGAUGGCGGGGGGGAAGGGGACGUGCGAGCCGCGGUGGCGGCAGCGGAGGUUGUGGCCGCAUCGCCUUCGUCUGCGGCGAUGCCGAAGGUCCCUGACUCGCCGGACUUUGCCAAGUACAUCGGGUUCAAGGACAGACGCGGCGGGUCGCGGUCAUCGAAGCAAGCGGCAGCGAAGGCCUCUGCCGCGGUCGCUAACCCUGUUAUCGCACAGCAGGUGCAGGCUACGCUUAAUAACGAGGCGCCUACUAACGCGGUCAGCGAGCAACAACAGACCCAACAGCAGCAGCAGCAGCAGCAGGAGGCGGAGGCGCAGAACCAACAGCAAGCGCUGCGCCGCAGACUGGGUCCUACCGCGCUGAAGGCUUUCCCCGCGCCCGACGCGCUUCUUACCGCCUCUCCCAGCGGCGGAAAGAAGAAGGUCUCCGCGUUCCGCCAAGCCGCCAUCGCUCGCCACCUCCAAUCCGUCUCCGCGGUAGGCGCGGGCGGCUCGCCGAACAGUAACCAGGUUAGCUUAUCCGCCAAUUCCGGCACGUUAAGCCCUGCGGUUUUAAGGGGGGAUUCCCCCUCAAAGACAGCAGUCGCUAAUCACCGUUUGGCCGCCGCCAUUGCCGCCGCUUCCCGCGGAGCAAGCGGAACUGGUUCCUCCCCAUCUCCCGCCCAGAUUGCGGCGGCGGCGAGCGCCGCGACGCGGCUAGCGAAGCGCCAUUCCGCCGAUCCGGAGCGCCCCGGCGCCGAGUCCGCCGGAGCGAACAGUGCGGGGAGCGCGGGGGGGAGCACCGGAGGAAGCGGAGGCAGUAACAGCGCGGGAAAGGGUGUGCCAUGGGAAUUGACGCGGUCGAAAACAGGCGACUCGGGUGGGUCAGCGCAUGGGGAAGAAGGCACUCGCGAAGUGCCGGCGCGGAGUGCGGGGACGGGGAUGGGGAUGGGACUGGGGAUGGGGAUGGGGAUGGGGAUGGGGAUGGGGAUGGGGAUGGGAAUGGGGAUGGGGUUGGCGGAAGCCGAGGAGGGCGGAGCGGCGAUCGCGCGGCGGAAGACCGCGGAUCAUUUGCACACCAUGCGGAACGCGCGCGAAGCGGAGAGAAGCAUGCAAUCGCAGCGCUUCCCCUCGUCUCGCUCCACGAUGACCGGCGGCGACAUGCCCGUUUCGCUGGAAGAGCUGUGCAGCGGCGGUAUUGACGAACUAAGCGACACGGACGAGUUUGGUGCCAGCGACUCGGACGGAGAGGAUCUUAUCGAGGGGCUAAUUCUCCCGUUAGAAAGUCACGCGGUACCGGAACAAGAUACACAAGGGAUGACUCGAACGAGGUCCCUCGGGAACCUCGAAUCGGCUCUCGAAGCGGCUGUUGCGGCGGAUCUGGCCGUUCUGCCGUUCGACGCGGCGAAGACAAGCAGCACCGGCGGCGGCUCGGGGGAGCUUAUUCGUAUGGCGGGAGCGAGAGGCGGGCAACAGGAGUUCAGCACGUUAAAGAGCGCGACGCGGAGAGCUUCGAUUGCUGGGAGCGCUGUAACGGCGGCUUCGGCGGCAGUAGCGGCGCGAGGGAAUGGCUGGGGAGUCGGCCUGCUGCACGCGAGGGAGGCUCUAGGCGGCUCCGGUUCGUUCGACCUCGAUCGACUUGCCAAUAAGCGAGUUGACUUUGGCGGCGCGCAAGGUUUGGGGACACAAACGGGGGGUGUGACUAGAAUGAAGGAGGGGGGAAACGUGGUAAAGUCGGGAGAGGUGGACCGUUUCCCGAGCACUCAAGCGUCCGAAGGUGUUUCUCCAGGUGGGGGCUCUGUGGGUUCAGGUGGUGGCGACAGUGGUCGUCUUUCGUCCCUUUCUGCUUCCGCGUCGGGUGGUUCGGGGUUAGAGCUUUACUCUCCGUAUCCGGCUGGUGGUAACCCUAACGAUAUCGCCACAGGUCUGGCUUCCUCUGGCGGCAGCGUUGGUACCGAUGUGUUCAGUGGCGGUUUGGAUCCGUACGGUGUAGCUGCCGUACCUCUUCCCGUGCCUACGCUCUCGCCUCGGCCAUCCAGCUCUGGCGGGGACAGGCCUGCUGGUGCUGGGAGGAGAAGGGACGGGGGGAUGGGGGGAGGGGGAGUCGGAGGGCUGGAAGCGUCUGGGUUAGGCGCAGGGGUUGGCGCGCAGGUUGUUGUCAAGGCGGAAAGGGAUGCGGAUGGGAGGGCAAAUGCGGAGAAAAUGGUGCUGAGGUGUCCUGUGACUGGAGCGGAAGUGAAUAUGGGCGAUGCGGAUAACAAGGGGAACCCCCACGGAUCUGCGCAUGCGGGCGGAAGCGGAAGCCUGAGCGGAAGCGGGAGCAUGAGCGGAAGCAGUGGGCGCAGCGGCGGGAGUAUUGGGGGUGUGAGCGCGGGUGCUGCGAAGGGGGGGAGGAGUGGGGAGGUGGGAGCGGAGAAAAGAGGGGGCGGGGAGGGAGGAGGAGCGGAGGUGAUGGGGAAAGUGAUUGCAGCGGUGGUUGAAUCACAUUCGCUUUUCUUCACAGACGAGACUUCCAAUGGAACCAAGAUAUGCGAUUACCUUCUGGCCGCCUUUCUCGACAUCACCGAAUCCCCCAUGGGCGUCAUUGCCUCCGUGCUGCAUCGUCACGAUGGUUCCCCUUAUCUCAAGACCCAUGCAGCAACCAACGUGGCAUGGACGCCAGAGCUGCACCAGUGGUGUCUGGCCAACUACGCCAGCGGGCUAGUAUUCACCAACAUGAAAUCCCUUCUAGGCGCCUCCAUCGCCUCCCGCCAGCCCCACAUCUCCAACCAUCCGCUCUCCGACCCCCAGUCCUCGGGAACUCCGCCGGGGCAUCCAACGCUCCACUCCUUCCUCUCUGUGCCUGUCUUCAUGGGCACCGAGCUAGUGGGCGUGUGGAUGGUUGCGAACAAGGAGGGAGGUUAUAACGAGGAUAUAAUGCAGAUAGCAGAGCCACUAUCAGCAACGCUGGGGCAGAUUCUGUUUGGCAUCAGCAAGAGGAAGCGAAGAAUGGAGGCCAAGAGCAAGCUAUAUGAAGGCCGAGUGCCGGCCGCUGGAGAGUCCCGUCUGGUGGUGGACGCCUUGGGUACAGUCAUAGCGUGCAACAGGGAAGCUAGCAAGCUGUUUUGCAUGCCCAUACUCGCACCGCCGCCAACAGCAGCACCAGCAACAGCACCACCAGCAGCAGCUGGGGUGGCAACAGUAGCAGCAGCAGCUGCUGCCGACGAGGCUGUGUAUCCUCCGGCAGAGCAGAUCGCGUUCCCUGAUCUGUUUUACAACAUCAACUGCAGAGAGGACUUCAUGUUGCUCGGAGUUGACGCUCAUCUGGACAAGUCCUGCUGGUCCAUGGCACGCCAGCGCACCGGCAAGACCAUUCUGGCCCUCGUGCGCAUAACCAAGCAGAACCUGCCCACGGGUGCUGCUUUCAUUUGCUCAGUGUGGGAGAUGAUUCCACCUGAGUAUGCAAAGCUGCUCCGAGGAACCCAGUGA